AUGACCGAUUACGCGGAUUCUGGAUUCAUCGGUACAUCCAAGCUAUCACCUAUCCUGCAGUCCCCCAGCCCAUUGGAAGCUGGAGAUCCCAAUGCAAACAUGCACCGUUAUUCGAAAUUCGUCACUUUCAACUCCUCCUCCGCAGGAGGAAGGAGGGAAAUCCUGCUUUGCAUCCUGACAACUUUUGCGGCGGAGGCCUGGGGAGAUGGAUGGCGGAGACAUGCAGGCGUUAAUUCCCCACGCACAUUCCAGCAUGGUGUCUGUUGGAGAAGGAUUUACAUUAGUCGCUGGCAUUUGAUUUCUCUUCCUUCUGCUUUCCUGGGAGACGAGAUCUCCGAGAAGAUGCCUUUGGUGCUGUGGGCUCUUUGCCUUGGUGUCCUGGAUACGGUCCUUUGCAGUUACUCAGAAGACCAGUGCAGCUGGAGGGGGAGUGGCCUGUCCCAGGAAUCAGGCAGCGUGGAGCAGAUCUCUCUACACUGUGCUGAGGGCUCAUUGGAAUGGCUGUACCCAGCUGGGGCUUUACGCCUCAGCCUCUCCCCCCGCCUCCCCACGAGCACUGCAGCCGAAGGGAAGAGCCCCAGACAGGUCACAACCUGUAUCAAGCCCUCCAGCACCUUCCGAGGAGCUCAGAUCUAUCUGGAGAGGAAUGGGAUCCUGGAGCUGUUGCUGUCUGAGGCAGAUGCAUCCCUCCGCCCCAGGGUGCACUGCUUCAGCUGGCAGCCCCAGGAGAAAGUGGCACUGUUCCUUCAGUCUACUCUGCACCAGGACAUCAGCCGUCGGAUCGCUGCCUUCCGCUAUGAGCUGCGGGGAGACUGGAACUCACGCCUCUCACUGACCUCCAGCAAUCUCAGCAUGGAAGGGGCAUGCCGGCCAUGUAAUGACACCGAGAUCUUGAUGGCCAUUUGCACCAGUGACUUUGUCAUUCGUGGCAACAUCCGGACUGUCUCCAAUGAUGUUGAGAUGCAGGAAUCCAUCAUCAGCAUAAGCGCCAUGCGCAUUCACCGGCAGAAAUUCACUUUGUUCCAGCCUGUCAGCAAAUCCAGCAAAUCCACGGGCAGCAUCCACACCCUGCUGCAGUGUGGAGUGAAACCGGGACCUGGCAGCUUCCUCUUCACGGGGUGGCUGCACUUUGGAGAGGCCUGGCUCAGCUGUGCUCCUCGUUACAAAGACUUCCGGCGUAUCUACGAGGAUGCGCACCAGGCUCAUGAGAACCCCUGCGAAGUCUCGCUAGACUGAGUGAUGAGGGCAGGGGCAUUCAGCCUGACCCUUGGGAAUGAGGAUCACCAGCUGCAACAACGGUGUCACCAAGGGCUCACAUCCACCAGCCUGGGGCUAGCAAGAUUCUCCCUAUCCCAUACACACCUGCAGUGGUCCCCAUUCCUGCUUCACUUGCUCUGUGCUGAAGAAAGUUGUAAGACACCUUCAGUGCUAACAGUAACCUGGCCCUGCGGAGGAGAUCCUCAGACUGCUGGUUAUGAUCGGGCAUAGUAAUACACACAGGACUGACUAAUGGAGAGCAGGACUUCUAGUCAACCCUCCCUUCAAGUAGCUUGAGGGGACAAAAAAUGCCAGUGAAAUGACACAGUCUCUCCACAGUUGGUAAGUCAUCCUUGCUAUCCCAGGAUUCAUUGCCAAGCGAGUGCCAGCACUGAGGGACUCUCAUCCUGUACUGCGCCUGUUCAGAUUAAGCAUGGGAGUGGGCUGAGCGCGGAGAGGAGAUGAUGGAUCACCAGAACUGGAAACCAAUGGAUGAGCAACUCUGCUCCUCAUUUUGCACUGAAACACACCCAAACAUUGCAGAAAAGGCUUUGGCAAAACCAGCCAAUGAUGGGGGAGCCAGUCCAUGAAAAUCCUGCCCAAAGAAAAAGGCCAUUCUAACUGCACCUGGUUUGAUCCGUAGGACCUGA